GCCUCUGUGGCGAGUGUAUUUUAAUGGCCUCCGCGUCCUCCUCGAUCCCCCUCAAUCCUCUUCUUCGUACCAUUCGCCUCUUCUCCGUCUUUUCCAACGACAGACUCUCGCUCCUCGAAACAGCUCCGCGGAUUUAGAGAGGGAAGGAUAGAUAGAGAGAGGGUGGGAGGUUGUCGGCGCUCAUCCCUUCUCGUGCUCCGCGUCCACUGAGCUCCUAUUCUCCUCGGCCUCUAUCGCUCCCAAUCCCAAUAUUAUUCUCUUCUCUUCUUCUUUCUUGGAUUUUAACCUUUCCCCUCUUCGUUUCUUCCAAGAAGUCAUUUUUGUUGAAGGUGAGAGGGAAGAAGGGGAGAGAUGAAGUACGUAUUGGUCACAGGGGGCGUAGUUAGCGGGCUGGGGAAAGGGGUGACCGCUAGCAGCAUUGGAGUAAUCCUCAAGGCGUGCGGGCUCCGGGUCACCUCCAUCAAGAUUGAUCCAUAUUUGAACACUGAUGCAGGAACUAUGUCCCCAUUUGAGCAUGGGGAGGUGUUUGUUUUAGAUGAUGGAGGCGAGGUGGAUCUGGAUCUGGGAAACUAUGAGCGGUUUUUGGAUUGUAAAUUAACUUGCGACAACAACAUCACAACUGGGAAAAUUUAUCAGUUGGUCAUUGACAAGGAGAGAAGAGGAGAUUAUCUUGGGAAAACAGUUCAGGUCGUGCCCCACAUCACAGAUGCCAUACAGGAGUGGAUCGAACAUGUAGCUAUGAUACCUGUUGAUGGCAAAGAAGGGCCUGCUGAUGUUUGUGUCAUAGAACUGGGUGGAACAAUAGGGGAUAUGGAGUCGAUGCCAUUUCUUGAAGCUUUGGGUCAAUUUUCUUACCGUGUAGGUCCUGGCAACUUUUGCUUAGUUCAUAUCAGUCUUGUGCCAAUUUUAAAUGUAGUAGGUGAACAGAAAACUAAGCCCACCCAGCAUAGUGUUAGGAGGCUCAGAGGAUUUGGAUUCACUCCAGAUAUUCUAGCCUGUCGUAGUGCAAAGCCACUUGAUGAAAAUGUGAAGGAAAAGUUGUCACUAUUUUGCCAUGUUCCGGCAGCUAAUAUAGUUACCCUCUAUGAUGUUGCAAACAUUUGGCACAUUCCUUUGCUUUUAAAGAACCAGAAGGCGCAUGAAGCUAUUUUAAGAAGGCUGGGCCUUUUAGGUGUUGCUAGGGAGCCCAAGUUGGAUGAGUGGAUGUCUAGGGCUGAAACCGUUGACACGUUGCAUGAUCCUGUUAGAAUUGCCAUGGUCGGAAAAUAUAAUGGUCUUUCUGAUUCUUAUCUUUCGGUAUUGAUGGCUCUCGAACAUGCUUCUAUUGCUUGCCAUCGGAAACUUGUAGUCGAUUGGGUUUCUGCUAGCGACCUUGAAGUCAUGACUGCAAAAGAGGCACCUAAUCUUUCUGAAAAGGCAUGGAGUCGUUUGAAGGUGAGCUGCUCCUUUGCCUAUGAUAAUGCAGAUGGUAUAGUAGUUCCAGGUGGCUUUGGCGACAGGGGAGUGGAAGGGAAAAUUCUUGCAGCAAAAUAUGCCCGAGAAAAUAAUGUUCCAUAUCUUGGCAUAUGCCUCGGAAUGCAAAUUUCUGUUAUCGAGUUUGCACGUUCUAUUCUCAACAUGCAGGAUGCAAACAGCAGAGAGUUUGACCCAGACACAAGAAGUCCAUGCAUUAUUUUUAUGCCAGAGGGUUCAAAAACUCACAUGGGAGGGACCAUGCGACUUGGAUCAAGAAGGACAUUUUUCCAUAUUGCUGACUGCAAAUCUGUAAAACUGUACGGCAAUGUGAAGUAUGUUGAUGAACGACAUCGACAUAGAUAUGAGGUAAACCCUGAUAUGAUCAUGGAACUGGAAAGAGCAGGUCUUGCAUUUGUAGGUAAAGAUGAAACUGGACAACGUAUGGAGAUCCUUGAGCUGCCUUCGCAUCCAUAUUUUAUUGGAGUGCAGUUCCAUCCAGAGUUCAAGUCAAGACCCGGAAAACCCUCAGCUCCAUUUUUAGGGCUUAUAGCAGCCUCAUGUGGGCAAUUGGAUGCUUUGCUGGAAGAUGCCGCCCUUUCUAAUCAGCUAACUAAGAAAAAUGCUCCAAGCAAUGCUGUUUCAAAGCGGAACGCCUGCCAAAUUGGGAAUACCAAGAAGUCUGCGAAAAGCCUAUUUGAAGGGAGCCUGUACUCCAAUAGUAAUGGCUUUCUUGCCUAGGAAAACACUUGGUGUGGGUGGUUUAGGGCCUUCUUUUUGUUUUUCUCUCCCGUUGUUGGAGUUAUGAUUUUUUGCGCGUUUUGGUUUGGCCUGUACAGUUAAGUGAAAUAUUUUUCUAGCUCUAGGUCUGUUUUAGUUGUGGAGCUUGUUCCAAGGUUUUAACAAGGAACAGCCUGUAUGUAUUUUUGGGUGGAUUUGAUAGGGUUUGACUGUAAUAGCAUGUUUUUCUUUGAUAGAUGGAAACAACUUUGUUCUUGAA